AUCAGAGAAGGAUAAUCACAUGACUGAGCUUCAAAGUGAAACGACGAAGGUCAUAAAACAUCUUGAAGAUCAGCUAGCGAACCUUAAGAAGGAAAAUCACAAUUUGGAAACAGAAUUGUACAAGGUAUUAGAGAAGGAUAACCAAAUGAGUGAACUAAAACGCGAAACGUCGAAAGUCAUAAAUAAACUUGAAGAUCAGCUCGCGACUCUUAAGAAGGAAAACUCCACGCUGGCCACAGAAUUGUCCAGGGCAUCAAAUAAGGAUAACCAGAUGAGUGAACUACAGAGCGAAACGUCGAACGUCAUGAAACAACUUGAAGAUCAGUUAGCAAGGCUUAGGAAAGAAAAUUCCACGCUGGCGACAGAACUGUCUAACGUCACGGAAAAGGAUAAACAACUGACAGAACUCUGCAACCAAGUAGAAAACUUGACGACUCAGAACAAGUUACUACAAGAUCAAGCCGUGGAAUCCAAAAAGCAGUUUUUUGAUGAAUUGAAAUAUCCGCCGGAAGAAACCAGUGAACUUGGAGAAGACAGCAUGCGUACAAGGAGGUGUCGCAGAAGCAAAGGCUCCGAUGUUAAAAAGUUAAGGAAACGCGUUCGUCAGAAUGAACAAGAACUUGAGUUCUUAGGUAGAUUUAUUCGACAGAGAGGUCUUGAGUUUGGGAGAAGACCACAAUACCACAUCGAUCAGGAUCUGAAAGACACGCCUGAUGAACUGCCGAACGUAAAAGACACCUUAAACCGUGGGCAAUAACAUGGAAAAGAUAAACAGAACACAAGCCAAGUGCGAGAAAUGGAGGAGGUCAUCGAGGGCAUCAGAAAAUCUCUUCGACAGGCGGAGUAUGAUUUGCACCAAACAAAGGAUGCUUUAACAGUGAAGACAGAAAGGACUGAAUUUCUGGAGCGUCGAGUGGAAGAGACAGAAAUGUUACUUGAGGAAACAAGCAAGCGUCUAAGACAGAACCAAUACGAUUUUAACAGACUGAUGCAACUUUGAGACAGCAGUUAGAAAGAUCAGCAACGCUUGAAAAUCAAUUAAAAGAAAAGGAAAAUGCCAGGAACACUGCAAUAACAUCCAUCAAGAUCAGGAAUUGAAGGAGGCCUUCCGCAGAAUAUGCCAAAAAGAUCAAAGGACUGAUGAUUUAUUUGAUGAGUUAAAGCGAGAAAGAUAUGAUAAAGAGUGUCUUAAAUGAGCCAUUGAAGUGAACGAAUGUAAUGCUGUUAGGGAAAAAGGACUAUUAAAGAGACUAAGAGGACUUGAGAAUCAGUUACAGCGGACGGAGGAGCUAAAAAAAACCAAAUUAGCCUCUCUUAUGGACAAACAGCAGGAAUUGGAGCAGUUGUACCGCAGCGUAAGCACUAAAGAUGCACAAAUUGACGACUUAACACUAAAGCUGAAACAAGAAAGGCUGGACAAAGACUUUUUGAAAAGGACCAUUGCCGUUGCGGAGUGUAAUUUCGAUAACGAGAAGGGACUUCUCGAGAGAUCAACACAGCUUGAAAACAAGUUACCGGAGACACAAGAGGUGAGAGAGAAAAUGCUAGUGUCACUUAAGAAUAAUAAGGAGGCAUUAGAGCAAGCCAAUGAUGAGACUGAUCAACUAAAUCAAAGGUUAACACGGGAAACAUCGGCUGACCGGUCUUUACCAGGAUAAAUAAAGUUAUUAUUAUUAUUAUUAUUAUUAUUAAAGAUUCGCACAGCUAUUGAUGAUAUUGAAGCUGGU